AUGGUUCCAGUUGCGACUUCACCACCUGGGCUUAUCUCGAUGAAGUCUCGAGUCAUCAACAAGUUUUAUGAGCCCCUGGUUCUUUUGAAGGCAAUGAACGAUGAGAUGACAAGCCUGGCCGAAUUCGUCGACCCAGAUGAUCUCAACUAUCGCGGAGAUGUGAAAAAAAUCUUCCAGGCCUUUGUAUACAAGCUAGCUCAUGUUUGCGACAGUACCCCGGGUAACGGGGGCAGUACCGUCACCUCAAUCAUGCUGCUUCGCGGCUCCGAGGGAACAAAUGUUGAGUAUCAUCUUGCAUCAAAUCAGCGAUGUGCAGAUGAUCUCGAGAAUGUCAGGGCAUACCUUCAACAUUUACUUGAGCGGGUUGACAGAGCAUCAACGUCAGGAAGGACCUCGGAGCUGCGUAAGGACCUGCUGAACGCAGUAAUCUGGUUCAACAGACCCAGAAUCAACUCCUAUAUCGUCAGACUUGAGAUUGAGAUACAGCGUUGCAUCAAGAAUGCUCGAAAUGAGGAACCAGUCAUUGAAUCCCUGACAAGGACUCUCGGACUGCUUGAGUUUCACGAUGACAGGAUGGCCACUCAAUCUCAUUAUCUUGACAAAUGUAAUGCCCUUCUUCACAACCUAAUAAGAUUGAAAGCCUCUGAGAUAUGGGGAUACAUCGACCAACGAGCGACAGGGGUUCGUUUGGAUGGAGUCACAAGCAGCUCCUCUUCUUGUUGGCCUGAACUACGGCAUAUGGUUAACCGUCUUCUGGCAUAUUGUAAGGAUAUCGAGUUCUUCCUUCUUGCGAAAGACAACUGGCCUGAGAUAUUUCGAAACUUCAUGAUCUUGGUUCACCCAUCGAGUCACCCGCUCUCGCGACCAAGACGGAACAAAAGUAUGACCGCCGAAGGCAUUGUCGGUCGCAUGACCCGCAAAGAAGACAUCAUCGAAAGAUUCAGGCAAUUCGUCCAAGACCUGCAAAUCAUGCACUUGGACCAAAGAAUUCAAACAGAAUACCAAAAAGACAACUUUCAUCCAAUUGUCCACUCGGAGAUUUUGCUGCUUGAUCACGUCGAGAAAACAGCGGGAGGCAUUUCCCCUGACAGGUUCUUCAAUAAUUGGAUGUACAUCGGCAGCAGCAAGCCAACCUGCCGGCUCUGCGAGUACUACUUCGAGGAGCACCGGUCUGGCGUCGGGCAUCGAAGCAGUCACAAGAACCUUUAUAUCAGCUGGCGCGUUCCUGAUGUACUCCAAUCCGAAGGUCACGGAGGCGAAGAGAAGCGACAAGUUAUGGUCGAUAGGUUGCUUUUGAGGAUUCGCAAAGAUGCCUUCAAUCUCGUGGAGAAAAAGGUGAGGCCGACAUUCAGGAACCACGAUUCCAUCACGUCAUCCGUCAGCAUGACUCUGCAUGGGAAAUGGAGCGAGGCUUCUGACAUAUCUGAUGUCAUGGCCUCAAUGGGAAGUCUGCAAUUGAACAACGAUGGAGAUACUCAGUGA